CCAGAGCCGAAUCCACUUCAGCCAUUUCACCAAAUCUCAAAGCGAUAGGCACGAGACAGCAGGGAUUAUGAGAGAAGGAGGUGGUGUAAUAAAUCCACAUGGUAUAAAAGGAGUCCAGAUUUAGAAUGAGAGCGACCUGGGUGUCACACACAGGGGACUCCACAUCUGCGCUUUAAAUGCUGUCACUCGAUAUAAAACGCCAAUCAGGGGUGGUGCUCUACUCGUGUAGCAGCCAUAGCAGGUCUCACCUGAUAUCGGUUACUCCCUGCUCUCUUCCUCUGAAGCUUCCCCCCGCCCCUUCAGGGUGUUUUAAUUUUCAACCUCAUUGAUCCACUUAGGUCUCAAUGCCUUCGCCCCCCAGUGACGGUGGAACCCACCCUCCUCCUCCGUGGACCGAUCACUCCAACGGCGCCGUUCUCCGUGGCGGGGGCCGAGGUGGAGGAGAUGGUCGUGGUUUGCCCGAUUCUGCAAUCGGAGCUGCUGGGGAUCGUCGAGAUGUUACCGGAGAUAAGGAGUCCAAGGGCCAUGUCAAGCACUUACCGUCAGGUUCUUCUACUCUAGGAAAAUUCGAAGCAGGUCUACAAUCAGAUACCCUUGCUGUGGAAGAUGGUAGUAGCAGUUUCAAAAUUUCUGGCCUUUCAAAGGAGCAGACAAAAUCAUGUGUCAAUGAUGAUCAUUCUAAGUAUCCAAAAUUAGGCUACCAUUUCUUUCCCUAUGAGGAGAACAGAAAUACAAAAUCAGCUGUUGAUGGGAAAUAUACAGAGGCUAUGCCAGAAAAGAAAAGCGAAAUUAUGGAUGCUAGGAACACCAAACCAUUUAGUGUCCCUGGGAAAGGGGCUGCUGUUGUGAUCCCGAUGAGAGAUGUCUUUGGUGAGGAGGCUAAUAUUGUUCAAUGUUCUAAUAAAGAAAUCAAGCAGAUAGACUUCCAGUCACCGGAGGAAAUGAACCAAAGAGCAUCGAGGCUGGCUGCUAGUCUGUUAAGGCGUAGAAGUCUGUCCCCUACUGAUUCAAAGGAUGAAAACAAAAGGCCAGCAAUUAUUUGUCAAUAUUUUUCCCAAGGUUGGUGCGUCAAUGGGCCAAAUUGCAGGUUUAUGCACAACAUAGAUAGCAUGGACAAUACUAACCAACAGAUUGGGGGAGAUGUAGCCAUUGCUACUAGGAGAUAUGAAUCCCAAGCAGAUAAAGGUUUGAGUGAAAUUCCUGAAAGAACUACAUUGUUUCGUUUUCCUGGGAGGGUCCGCCAAUGGGAGAAUGAAGAAAGCCUAACGUGGCAUCAGUACAAUGGCAAGCACAGAUUCUCAUCUCUUCAAAGAGAUGACCUAUCUUAUGGUUUUCCUGCUGACUCCCAAAGAUUCCCCAUGUACAAAGAUGGACCUAGAAACUACGUUUCACCAAACACUGAAGGCAGUUAUCCUAUACUUGGGAAUCACUUGUUUCCUGAGUAUGGAUCUUUCUCAGUUGGCUCAAGCACCUUGGCUAUAUCAUCAAAAACUUAUCAAACCAGCAGGACUUUAUCUUCCCAAGCAACAAGUCUAGAAGGAUUGGCUGGAAAGCAAAAUGAGUUCACACUCAAUGAUUAUGCUUCACCAGUUCUAAGCCAUCGGCCAAAUCCAAGGGUGGACACCACUCUUCAAACAACAAACUUGUUACCUUCUCAUCAGAGCUCAGCCUGGGGAGGAUAUUCCUUCUCGCAGAAUGCUGGUCCUUGUGUCCAGAAGUGUGUUGACAGUGAUACUAAAACAAAGUUUUCUUCAGAUGAUUGGGAGCCAUCUAUACCUUUUCGUCCAUCAUAUUUUGCUGCUUUUACAGAUAUGUCAUCUGCAAGAAGCGUGCAUGACACUGUUGGGGAUACCUGUGAGGAACACCCCUUAGGAGAUAGACCAUAUAAAGUGUCUUGCCCUACACAAGGGGCAUCCAUCCUUGGUUCAUCACAUCAGCGGGUAUAUCAUGAUCCUGUUUUACCUGGGACUCUUGGCCCAGAGUAUAAUGCUGAUAUAGAAUCUAUUCAUAUUCAUGAUAAAUUCGAUCAGAGUACCUUGGACAAGGGUGUCUAUGGACAUCAGAGAGACUUCUUUACGAAUGAAACAGAGCCUGCAGGAAGUUCUGUUGCUGAACUUCAAGAUUCUCAGCUUAAAGAAGGGAAGCCUGAUGGCCAUACACGGGUUGAAGAUGUUUCAGAUCAAAAUCCUAGAAAUUAUAGUGAUGGAGCAAGCCACGAGGAGGAAUUAAAAAUGGAAUGGGGCAAGCAAAGUAAUGCAAAAUGUGAUGAUCAUAAAAUAGAUGAGGAUGUGCAAAAAGAAUCAAAAGCCCUAAGACAUUUUCGUUUUGUGCUCAUAGAUUUUAUAAAAGAUUUGGUGAGACCUACUUGGCACAGGGGACAGUUGAGCAAGGAUGCACACAACUCAAUAGUAAAAAGAUCAGUAGAUAAAGUACUUAGCACAUUAGAACCCCACCAAAUUCCCUCAACCGAAGAAGCCAUUCAUCACUAUCUUUCUGUGUCCCAACCAAAGAUUGCCAAACUCAUCCAGAUACCUGUGCUUAUGGAUGAUAUAUGCAUGUUAUUUUCUUCAUCAUGCUCACAUCCUAGCACAAAAGGAGACAUUUGGGGGAGCUUGCAGUGGUCUGCUCUUUAUUUGCUUGGUUUCUCACUUCAAGAUUUGGAUUUCCAGGGGAAGCUUUUAUUGCACUUGAUCUGUUGCUACUGCUUCGUCUCCCCGUUGACCUGUCUUUGGAGCUGGUGUGUUUGAUCAUCUGAGAAUGUUUUGAUUGAGACAGAAAUGCUUGUAGUAGGAGUGGGCCAUUGGAGAUCGAUGUAUCAGCUGGGGAAUUCUUGAUUGGAUUAGUGGCACCAGAGCCUGGUUUAUCAGAAACAAAUUCAAAUUCUGGGUCUUGUUUCCUAGUUUGGAAUGGGAUUGCAUUGUUAGAUGGGGACUUUAGAUGCUGUUCUUGAACAGAAACAAGAGCAGCAAAGGAGAGGGAUUUGCUUAAACUGUUUUCUGUGGGAACAUCAAAAGAUGUCCUCUUUUGCAGGUUACAUUUGUUGCCUUCUUCCUGGCUUUGCUUGAGUAGCUGAUGUAAACGAGGAUAAAGAUUUUAUCCAGCUGGUUUUGUACUGGUGGAUAUCCCAAAGCUGUGCGGAUUAUUCUCGCAAUGCAUUCUUAUUCCAAACACUGCUUAGCUGCUGAUAUGAAUUGAGUAUGGAGACAUAUUAUUUUAUGUUGAAUUAUCCUGACAUCACCAGGAGAGUACGGCAACUUUUGUCACAAUGCUUCUUUGGCUGAAUGAUCUCAGUGGUGGGUUUUUCUUAUGUGCUGUGUCAUCAUCACCUUAUGCAAAAGGCCAUGGUGAUAUUGAUGUUGUCACUGUGAUGGAUUUUCCAAAGAAGUGAUAAACUUGAUUUCAGUCGUUUUCAAUGGACUCCUACCUCUGUUGUGCCCUGUUUCAUAGGGAUGGCCGGGCGUUUGUUGGUAGCUGAUCUCUUGCUGGCUUGAUAUAUCAAAGGUUGCUUGAUUUCUAAACAUGGGUAUAAGACGCUUAUCCCUGUAGUAGCAUCAUCCCACUAACCAAGGUCAAGAUGUUGUAGAAUGGGUUCAGGUUAAGGAAAAAGAGCUAUGGAGAGCGACUUCGGCCAGGAGCUUGGGAAGAUGGUCAAUAUUCUUUGGCAGUUACAAUGUCCUUUGGAAGUUGUCUGUACUCUGAACAUAAUAUGCAGUAAACAAACUACCAAAGUCUUUAAGGUAUUUGAAUACCGUUGUUUAGGAGGCCAUAUGAUAACAUUGAGAAGGCUAAAAGAAACCAAGUGGGGUUCCAUGUGGGUGUUUGGUUGGAAAACAGAAAGCGCCUUAAGCGAGAAACUUGUCCAAAUUUCAGUUUUUAUGUCCCUAAUAUUUACGGUUGUGGGGCUCUGUCUCCUGUUCUACCAACUAUGAUGGCCCCAAUCUUACUACUAGAGUUGCUAUAUUUGGGACCCGAUUCAAAGCCUUUUAUCAGUUGAACAACCAUGGGCUUUAUGGCCUUGUACAUCCCUAACUUUGUCCUUCGCAUAUUCAUAUAUUUGACUUUGUGAGGAGUAUUGGCACUAUCAUUCUUGAUGUCUAUAGCUACACUUCAAAUUUUUCAUCAUUGGAGCUUUGGCUUAAUUUAUGUCCCUUCUUUCCAUUGUUUUUAACUUUUUAUAGUCAAGGAACUAGCAGCAAAAAGGGAAGUAGUGGUGAUGAGAGCUCAAACUUCAACAUUCUUGAGGAGGUUUUGAUGAGUCUUUUGGAAUGGGUUGGAUCAUGCUUGAAACGAACCCCAUGCUUUAAGCUUAUUGAUAGUACCUCAUUCUGAGAUCGUCCAUGAAAAGACUCAAUCGUCUUCAACCUGUGCACCCAUGUGAAGGAAUCAUCUCAGUAGCUCACCUACAGAGCAGCUUGUGAUCAAAGUAGCCUGAAAUGUGGAAAUAAAGGGAAGGACACGUGGUGGAAGAUGGGUAUGGCUGAAGGAACUUUUAGCUGUAAAAGGAGACAAGGAUGAACAGAGAAGGAACUUUUACCUUUUAAAUGGAAGAGAGAGUGAACUUUGGGACCUCCGGAGGGGAAUUCCACUUCUCUGUAAAGGGGAAACUUGAAGGAUCUUUGGGCCAUUUUCUGGGAGGAAACUUGAUCUCAAUUGCAGUCUGGGUUCUAGUUUUUCAGUUAAAUCUUGGGUUGAUUUUGAGAGCAAACGCCAGGAAGAGGAAGCUAUUUAGGAGGUUGUCACUAUUACAACUAGAGACUGCAAUAGCUUCCUUGGGUAUAAUUCCUCUCUUUGUACCCAUUUCUUUGCAACGAUGUUAUUGAUGUACGGAUUUGGAAUUGUAAUGAGAAAGGUACAUGGAUUUAAUAA